CCUAAAAAUUGGAGACUCCCCGCUCCCCCCGAAGUUCACGGCAGACCCCAAAAAGAAGAAAAACUCAUCUUCUUCUUUGAAAAUCCGCAGAUCCCAAAAGAUAGACCCAUAUCUCUUUCUCUUGGAGAAAACCAGCAAACUCCACCUUACAAGUUUCACCAGCAACAAUAGCCAUACCCCCUUUCUUCUUUUCUUCUUCCUCAUCAUUAAUCACUAAUUUUUCUUCUAUUUAAACCAUGUAAAAAGACUCCUUGAAAUUCCAUGAAAAGCCAUAGAAAAGUAGCUCAAAAGCUCCGAAAAGAGAGCUGAAAAAUCUGCCCAGAAAUAGCCAUUAAACCCAGCUGAAAUCCACCACUAAACUUCCAUUAAACUAUCAAAAAUCAGCUGCAACAGCUUGAAAAAAUGCAGCAACAGUGGCUGCAAGAAACCAGUCAAAAAUUGAUUGUUUUAACACCUAAAACCUAUCCAAAAUCCAUUCAAUGACGAGGUAUUCUUGUUCGAGUUUGAGGAUUUGUCGAGGUCGACGAUAUUGUUCCGGUUCCGAGCUGUUAUACAAGUUCUUCUUUAUCAAUAUAUUGACAAGCAUUUGGCAACAUUGAAGAAUGUGAGUAGUAGCAUGAAUUCAAAAUCUGAGGUGCAACGUAACACCUCUGACCAGUCUUGGAGGAGGUGAUAUCAGUUUGUAAAGAUGGCGGCGCUCUUUUCCAUUAUCCAUUAAAGAAUUGAAGACCUUUUUUUAAGAUAACGUGUCAGUCUCUGCGGGAUGGACGUGUCGACACCCCACUUCUUCCUUGCUUCUUACAUUUUUGGCUGCGACCCCACUCUGGAAAAAGAUCUUUGCUCAGACACUUCCGUCUUCCAGCUUCCGCAUUCUGCUUCCAAAAUCCCCAUCACUCACAAAAUGGCGUAUAUUUGACUAAUUUGGGAAGUAUAGAUGGCACUGUUUCUUGAAUUGGUCAACACUGUUAUGAUCGUGCUGAUCAAGCCUUUGUCACUGCUCAAAUUCACUUGCUUCUUUGGUGUGAGAACGAUAUGUAUUGUUAUCCAAACCUGGACAGAGCUGCUGAGAGCUGCUAUGGGUUUUCAUGCCAGCUUACUCUGGAGACUGAUAAUUUGGGCUAUUGCUAUUCUGUCCCUGCCAAUACGAAGUUUAACUGCUCUACAGAGGGAAAGGAUGCUGGAAAUGCAUCUUCAGCAAAUGCAGACAGAGAUAGAGAACCUAGUAUGGGAACGGAAGGAACUUAAGAAGAGACUGCAGGUAGCCAUUAAAGAUAAAAAGAUAAUGCAGGUCAUGUUAGCAGAACUUGAGGAUGAACAUGAUGAGGCGAUACUCAAAAUUGAGCAACUGGAGGGCCAGCUUCAGGAUCUGAAGGCGCAAAAUGAACGGUUGAAAGAAAGUCAUGGUAAAGCACUUUGGGACCACAGAGACCGUGUUUAUAUAGGCAAUGGCCAAAUAUUGCAUGGCGACGGAAUUCCAUCUUGGAGAUCAAGUGGCAUCGAGAGUAUGACCAUUGACCACGAAAGAAUGCAAGAGGAUGUUCUGGAAGAUAAAAGCAAAAGUGAAACUACAUUAAACCAUGAUUUUAUGGGAGCUAGAUCCUGUCGAUAUGUCAAGCCAUGUAUUCCAACCACCUCCGACGAUGUUGCCACAAGUAAUGUGUUACAACAACGAAGGGAGCUAGCCUUUACACAGACCCUUUUUAGUGCAAUACUGUCACUUUUAGUUGGAACGAUCGUAUGGAAAGAUGAAGAUGCAUGCAUGCCUCUUGUCCUCGCGCUAUUUACUGUCGUUGGCAUGUCCUUAUGGAGUGUUGUCCAGUUUUUCUCAACCAUCAAGAACAGACCCGCAUCUGAUGCAGUUGCUCUCUUGAGUUUUAACUGGUUUUUACUUGGAACGCUAACAUAUCCCACGUUACCAAGGAUCACUCCUGUAUUUGCACCAGCUUUAUGGAGCCUCUCUGACAGGGCUGUGGAGUUGCUUGGUUUCUAAUCCUAAGCAUACAUUACAUUGCUAUAUUCCCUUUUCUGGAACUCAGUGUGCGUUGUUCUUGCAGCUUGUACAGUAUACGUUUACAUUUAUCUAUCUUCUUUCUUUGGGCUGUGUUA